GCACAGUUCACAGUUGUUUUGUCUGUGGUUCACUGUGGUUACAGUAUUUUAAUUUAUAUUCGAUAUGAUCUGACUAUUAUAAUGUUUAAAACGCUUAAAAAUGAAACUCUUAAGGAAUAAAUUUUAAUUCUCAUAAAUAUAUGUAAUGUAUUUUGUAAAUAAAAACACCGGUGUGUUCCUUCUUGGACGUAAAAUAGUAGCUAUAAUAUCAAUGUGUUCUUUGUGUUAUUUAAAAUGACUCCAAUGAUUUAUACACUGUAUGGAUUUGCAAUAUUCUUCUUUGUAUUUUGGUGCGGAAUCUGGAUUCUUCAUUUGGUAGCAAUUUUGUACGGCAAGUACAAACUACACAACAAGGUUUCUCUUAUACCUGGAGAUGUACCCUAUCCAGGGGUAUCUAUUAUUAAACCUUUAAUGGGAGUUGAUCCUAAUUUAUUUUCUAAUUUAGAAACAUUUUUUACAAUGUCAUACCCAAAGUAUGAACUAUUAUUUUGUAUAGAAGAUGAUACAGAUCCUGCAAUUAUGUUGGUUAACAGCUUAAUGGAAAAGUAUCCUAGUAUUGAUACACGACUGUUUCUUGGUGGUUCAGAUGUGGGAGUCAACCCAAAAAUAAAUAACAUGAAUAAAGCAUAUGAAGCUGCUGCUUAUGACUUUAUUUUAGUUUCUGAUAGUGGUAUAAGAAUGAAAGAAGACACCUUAUUAGACAUGAUGAACUGUAUGAAAGAGAAUGUGGCUUUGGUGCAUCAAAUGCCUUUUACAUGCGAUAGAGAAGGGUUUGCAGCAACAUUAGAAAAAAUCUAUUUUGGAACUGCUUUAGCAAGGAAUUAUCUUUUUGCUGAUUUCCUUUGUAUAAAUUGUCACACUGGCAUGUCAACGCUUUUAAGGAAGUCUGUAUUAGAUGAAGUUGGUGGUAUGAAGGCAUUUGGCUGCUAUUUAGCUGAAGAUUUUUUCUUAGCAAAAACUUUCCUUGAUAAGGGAUGGAAAAUACGUAUUAGUAGUCAACCAGCUAUGCAAAAUUGUGGUGUCUGUGAAGUUAAUAAUUUUCAAGCCCGCCUCACAAGAUGGGCAAAAUUGAGAGUUGCCAUGUUACCUCUUAUAAUACUAUUAGAACCUUUAUCUGAAUGUAUGGUCAUUGGAGCCUCUGCAGCUUGGGCUGCUGGAUUUCUUUUCCAGUGGGAUUCAUUGGCUUUCUAUUUAGUACAUGUUCUAGUAUGGUUUAUUUGUGAUUGGAUACUAUUAUCCAUUGUGCAGAAUGGUCUGCUGCCCUUUAAUAAAUUCGAUUUUGUCAUCGGAUGGUUAUUUCGAGAAUGUUCUGGACCUUACCUGUUCCUUCACGCUCUUUUCGAUCCCGCAAUAAAGUGGAGAACGAGAGUAUAUAAAUUAUCUUGGGGCGGCGUUGCGCAAGAGGUUAAACCACGAAUUAAAUUUUAAAUUUAAUUACUGCAGUUGAUGAUUGUAUAGUUGUUUUCAGUUUUGCUUUCAAAACUACUAUAAAACUAUGGCAAAACCAAAGUUUUUACAUCUAAAGUGAGCAGCGUGCUUCUUUAAUGCUUUAAAUAACUCAGUAGAACCCCGUUAUAACGCCAGAUUAUUUAUUUUCUUUUUGCUUGCUUUAUGCAAAAAAAAAUUAGUGUAUUAUUUUGUAGAUACAUUUUUUAAACUUAAUAUUUUAUAUGCGCCUUAUUGUUUGUGUGUUUUAUGCACAAAUAGUAUUUUAAUUUAGUAAAAGCAAGAAAGACAUGCUAUUACAUAUCGUUUUAGUUUAUUCUUACUUCUACUUAAUUUAUAAUCGUGUGUGAUAAUACAUUUACUCAUUUUCUUACCAGCCAAGUAACUUCUUUAAAGUAAAAGUGAUAUAUUUAUUUGCCUUCUUUAUCUUUACUAUUUAUUUAACUAUAUUUUGAUAAUGUUGUAGUAGUGCACUAAAGACAGUUAUGUAUUUUCUUUUCAAUGCUUAAUCGACUUUUUUUUCUCAUUUAUAUUGAUAAUUUUUACAUUCCAUCCACUUAAUGUAACCGUGUGAUCUGUAAUUUUGUUUAUAUUUUCUUAUUGAAUCUGUAAAUAGUCAUAUGUGUAGAUUUAAUUAGAUUUAUUUAUAUAUAUUAAGUUUUCCGAGCACGAAUUUUAAUAAGUAGCUUUCGUAGCAAUUUAAAGAAAAUGCUUUUAUCAUUGGUUUAGAGAACAAUACUCUUUCGUGUGUCCUUUUGGAGCAUAGUAAUAUUUUCUAAACGUAUAGAUCUGAAACCAGUUACUCACUUAUUUUUAAUUUUUAUUAUGUUAAUAUUUCACACGAAUGCACAUGAUAUUUUUUUAUUGCUCAAGUACUUAAAACGACGAAUCUACGUGAAGAUCUGCUUUUCAAUACCUCGUUUCAUUUUAUUUAAUAUUUUGUUUUGUAUUUAUUUACAUAUUGUACUUACACCCCAGAUAAUAUUUUUGUAUGUCCACUUAUUUAUCUUUAAAUGAAUUUGUACUUGUUAUAGCGAGGUUCGACUGUAACCCACCAUUAAUAAUUAAUUUAUAUAUAUUUAUU